AUGAAAUGGAGUUAUAUUUCAGUUUUUUCCCUUUACUUCUGUGUUCUUAUUACGUUAGUGGAAAGACAUGCUGGGAUUCGACAUGGUAUAACGAAUCAGUCACAUUGAAGAACGGAUCAAAUUAUGAACACCAGUCGGUGGAUGUCUUGAACUCAAUGUGUCCCAACAAAACAGCAGUGAUUAAUGCAAGUUGUAGAGGCGAGAGAACAGAACCAUUUACGAUGAUGACUGUUGAUUUGAUUAGGGAAUACUAUGCAACAUGUAAUCAUAAAACGGGACUUAUCUGUUAUCCAUUUGGAAAUCAGUCUUGUCCAGAUUUUUCUAUACAAUAUGGUUGCAAUUGUUCUCUGUCGACUUUGGAUCGCGAUGCUGGUACACCAAAUAUAUCAUCAACUACAAUUGUUAUGUCAGGCUCAAAUAAACAAACAGCCAGAACAUCUAAAGUGACGUCACAUCCUGUCGUUACUGCUAAAAGCGAUUCUGUUGGAACGGAGACCGGAAGCGGAAGUAGAGGAAACAGCACCAAUAAUGACAUAACAGGAAGUAGGUCUGCAACAAAAGCGCGCAGGCGUCGUUGCAGGAAUAGUGCAAAGCCUUUGGAAAGUGUUUGGAUAUUGUUGGCUUUAUCGUCGUUUGUUUUGGGAUUGGUACAGUAAAAUGCAAAAUCAAAAUGAUAAACGUUACUGUAAAGAACAACCUUUUGGUGCAAUUAAUGCAAACCUUCGAUCCUAUUCUAUAAUUUAUGCCUUUUUGGUAAUUUGUUUGUUCUUAAUUUUAAAUUGUCUUAUUUACACCAUUUCAAA